AUGUAUCUCACAAUGCUACCAGAUGGAAUCCUUGACAAGGUGUCCACGAACUUCGAGAGUGUCUCAGUAGAUAACCCAACUUAUCCAUGGCCGUCAAAAGCACAUUUUAUAACAUCGCUUCUUUUCAGCUCUCCAUGCAUCCUGUUUUCUGACUCCCAGAAGAGAGCUGUGCUCAACUGGGCCAAAGGGCUCGGCACCACCAAUGUCCCGUCACUCGGUGCGAUGAAGAAGUGCCAUAAUUACCUGGAUGAGCUUGUCAGCAAUCCAACUCAGAAGAUGACAUCGUGUGCUGGUGAUGUAUUCUAUAUCAAUAACGUUGCGGAAGCAAUCGCAAAGGAUUAUGCGAAUCCACUUACACGUUUUGUGAUGCGCGAUUAUCCCGAGGACGGUGGCGAGGGGAUGUCGCAGGUCUUUAAUGGCCAGAAGAUGUUAUUCGAUCUUCUGUCACCACCGGCAGCUCGAGUGGACGGAACCGUGUACUUCACACAUGAACUGUUACAAGAUACUCCUGGAGAUUACUUCAUCCCAGAACAUUUUUUCUAUGCCUCUCCGCCUGUAGACUCAGAUGAUGACAAUGGCGAAUCCCACGAGAAUUCAGUCACAAAGCCCUUAUAUGCGCUUGGUCGUGCGGUCAAACGAACAGAGGCUGGAUUUAUUGUUAACGAGGAACAGGAGAUCAUACCCGCAUCUGCCUUCAUGCGGUCCUUUGAAGACAUUGCUGUGACUCAGGGUGAACUUGAUUGUGGCCUUACUGCCUCGUCAACUAAAUAUGCAAUGCUUUCACUAAAUCCACUGCAUGCAAAGGCAAACGGUCGCAUGGUAUAUACGGUCCCCCUCAUCAUCUUCAUGGACGACGUUUCCGGCAACAUAUCAAAACAAUGGAACAAGCACCACGCAAUCUACAUGUCAAACGCGAACCUCCCACAUGAAAUGCUGGAGAAAGAAUUCUUUGUGCGCUUCAUUACGUCCUCACCGCAUGCCGCUCCCAUGGAACUUAUGCGGGCAAUGAAACAGUCCAUUUGUGAUGCAGCUACAUCUGGGGUCGCUGCAUUGGAUUGCAAAGACAACGAAGAAGUGUUAUUGACCCCAUGCGGGCUUUUCAUUGCUGGCGACAACCCGAUGCAAGCAGAAGAAUGUAGUCAUGCAGGAUUGAACUGCAACUACUUCUGCCGGACAUGCGACAUUGGUGGAACAAAGGAGUACAAAGCUUCUAAGGAUGGCUAUAACAGCCUGUUUGCGUCAGGCAAUCUUCGAACACCAGAAGGCACUGCUGCAAACAUCCAGGAACAGUUUGAGAUGGCGCUGAAGCCUGGCGCUACUGAGAAAAUCAAGAAUUUGGUAUCGACGACAGGCGUUCGUGAUACAGCCUCGAAUUCCAUCAUUAACACUCUUGUAGAACUUGGAAAGAAGCUUCGAAAAUGUACAGUUGGCACUCAAGCAAAGUCCGAGGCUGAAGUCACAGCUGCGCUGGAGAGAGAAUUUGAAGAGCUUCUACAAGGUGACAAGCUCGAAGACACCCUCAACCCGUUAUUGGGAAUGAACGCUCCAUGCUUGAAUGCAGGAUAUAUCUGCCAUUACAAGGGUAGUCUGAUUGGAAAGCACUUCAAGAGCCUGUCGCAGGUGAUGCCAUUCAUAAUCUACGACCUCGUCCCUUCAACAGUCCUCAAUGCCUGGACAAUAAUGGGCAAACUCGUUGUACUCAUCUGGCGCACGAAGAUUCUAAAUACUGAAGCCUAUCUUGCAAACCUAUCUCGGACGAUCGAAGACUUUCUUAAUGUCACAGCACAGUGUUCCCCCAGCAUCAUCAUCAGCAAACCGAAAUUCCACUUCUUGAUCCACCUCCCAGCAUACAUCCGUCGUUUUGGACCUGCGAUUAUAUUUCCAACCGAACGCUAUGAAUCAUUCAAUCACGUUUUCCAUUUGACGUGUAUAUACAGCAACUGUCAAGCUUCGAGCUGUGACAGCUGCAGGAUAUUUGCUCAUCAAGAUAUUGUCAAACAUAUCGCUACAGGUGGAUUUUGGUAUGACUCCAAGACCUCAAAAUGGGUUCAAGGAAGUCAAGAGGUUCUUGGAUAUAUAUACGAUCACCCAGAACAGGCGCAAUUGCUUGGAUUGUCGCACCUUGUUUGUAACCCUCCUGCUGAAUCUACUAUUGGCACCAACAGAAAAACAACCAGAAAGGGUGCAGUGGCCUGGAAGAACACUCGUUGUGCGAAGAUCUUGAAGACUGCGAAGCCCAGCACUAGUUAUUUUCACGGAAAAUCGCUUGUAGCAAGCAAGGGAGAUGUUGCGCAUUUAAACAGUCAUGUUGGCUUCCGUCAAAUGACAAAUGGGCAGAUGGCAAUUGGACGAAUUCUGGAGAUUCUGAUGUCAUCCGGUGAUCCUGACAACGUGUCACACAUUGCGCUGCAGCUUUUUGCAUUUGCCGAUACGCUACAUCCCUCCGUCCAUCUCCCAUGUCUCAACCUUUUGGAUGACGAAGUGGUCAUUACAGCAGCAGAUAUCAAAUGUGUGAUCAAUCUCCAGCAUAAUUGUAUCGAUUCGCAGUGCACAGACACCCUCCAGAUGGCCAUGCAUCAAGAACAGAUCGAAACUUUGCGAACGAUACCUACCAUCCACCAUAAGUCCACUCCAAACUAUUUUCUCAAUGCCUACUCCAUUCAUAACUACAGUUAUAUCCAUCUUAUCAUUCCGGAGACGCUUCGUGAAACACCGCUAAGAGUUACUAACAUCGCAGAAGUUCGGGCAACCGCUGUACAGCACAUGAAGGAGAAG